AUGCAAAUCAUCAUCUACAGCAACUUUGAACUUUACAACAAUGCCAUAGAGACUAUGAGUGACGUGAACACCAUCUGCAGACAGGACUUAAGAUAUACUAUCAUGGGAGCAGCAGGGGUAAACAAAGGUAGGUCCUCGCCAGUUCAGAAAAAGUCCCGAGCAUAUGGCGAAUCGCCUUCCGCGCGCGCCUCACAGAGCUAUCAGACCACCACAGAUGGAGUUAAUAUGGAUAAUGAUGACGGGCCUGGAGCAGGAGAAGGAACAGGUUCUACGUUACAAUGGUGCGCUACCGAGGGUCAUGCAUGGCUGCUCCAUCUAAUGUGCUAUGGUCUACCGCCGGCCAUGGUCCAAGACGAUAGGGGAAAAAAGCUUAGGCUGAUGAACCUGAGGUAUAUGGGAAUCCAUGGUGGAUGCUACAGGGAAAUUGAACAUAUACGAAAUAUGUAA